AAAAAAAAAAAAAUAAUUAAAAAUUAAUACAAAUAAAAUAAAAUACCCAAAGGAUAAGUCUGGCGGCAUCUAUUGCAGUACCAUCUUACCUCCACCUGCCCGCUGCGUUGUCGUUUGCACAGUAAUACAGAAGCAGCCAUUGGCACGUCUUGGGCUCCCUCCACAAUGGUUGAAACAUGCACAUUAAGAAAUGGGCAAUCAUGUAAAUAAUAAAAUAAUUUCUAGCUUUAUAUAAAAUAAAUAAAAAAACGACAUAAUUCAUUGUCAGGGCCGGCUCAAAGCCACAACAAAUAAUGGGAGAUAACACGAGAAAUGAAAGCAAGAAGAUCAUAAUUUAUUUUAACUAACCCAAAUCCAAUAUAUCAAAGAGUGGUAUGAGGUGUGGCAGUCAGUAAAUCAGUAAUGUUAGUGUGUAUGCAUGCUUGUCAAAUUAGUGAGUGGUGUGCUGUAAGGUGACUAAUGACGGACCCAACGCCUCCUGCUGGUAAUCUGUAAUACAAAAAGAAAUAGACACCACCGGCCCAACAGCCACCAGAGGCGUGGCCAUCGCCAUCGGGGCCAGCGGGACAUCAGCAGCUGUAUGCCGGCCAACGCAAGGAACAACUGCUUAAUCAUCUUUUAGAAAGACUUCGCUCUCAAUUGGAACAUAUUGUGGAACGCAUGCCUCUGGACCUGGACUUCUUAGAGUUCACUUGCACACAAGAACUUGUGUUCUUAAAUGCUGUAUCCAGUCAAGUGACUGUUUGUCCAGCUAUUUUAGAUGCACUGACACAGCUACACAGUCUCAUCAAUUUGGAAAAUGACAAAAGGGAGCAACACAUUGCAGUUGUGCAGUUUGAGCAAGGACCAGCAGGGUGACAGCGGAUGACCAUAUCCCCAGACUACCUUAGCAAACUUCUGGAACUUAAUUUGUCUGUUCCAUGUAUUGCUAAACUCUUGGGGGUGUCCAGACGUACAGUAUACUGACGCAUGGCUGAGUCUGAUCUCUCAGUAAAGGCACUCUACAGCCCAAUGACAGAUGAUGAGUUAGAUCAGUGUGUGAGAGAGAUUAAAUCUAGGCAGCCUAACUCUGGAUAUCGGAUGAUGAAGGGCCUCCUGCAAGCCAGAGGACUGAGGGUGCAGUAUAACCGUGUCAGAGCCUCCAUGCACCGCGUUGACACCAUUGGUGUCAUAAACCGAAUGGUCCAUGUUGGGUGUCUAGCUAGACGGAUCUAUUCAGUACCCGGACCCCAGGCUUUGUGGCACAUUGAUACGAACCAUAAAUUGAUUCGCUACAACAUUGUUGUCUUCGGAGGCAUUGAUGGUUUUUCUCGUAAGAUAAUGUAUCUUGGUGCAGCCUCAAACAACAUGGCCUCAACCACCCUGGCAUUCUUCCAGGAAUCUGUCGACAAGUUUGGUGUUCCUCUCAGGGUACAUGGAGAUCAGGGAGUUGAAAACGUAGACGUUGCCCGCUUCGGAGAUCAGGGAGUUGAAAACGUAGACGUUGCCCGCUUCAUGUUUACAGUCCGUGGCACUGGAAGGAGCAGCUUUAUAUCUGGCAAGAGUGUUCACAACCAACGGUUUGUUCAGUAG